GCUGUGGGGCGGGGGCGCAGGGUUGGGCCGCAGGGCGCAGGGUUGGGGGCGCAGGGGUGCGGGGCGGCGGGCGCGGGAUGCGGGUCGGGUCGGGGGAGCCCGCCGCCCGCCCCCUGCCCGGCCCGGGUGACCGGGGCGCUACGUCUUUAAAGGCGCCCGGGGCUGAGCCUCCGCGACCAUGUGACGGCUCGAAGGCCGGGAGCUGCGGCGGGAGCCCGGGCCGGUGAGCGCCGGUGCCCUGCCCUGCCCUGCCCGGCCCGGCCGGCCCCCGCCCCCCGCAGCCCUGCCCGGCCCGCCCCCGCCCCCCGCAGCCCCGCGCGCUUCCAGGUGUCGAACUGGGGCGGCGCCGCGGACCCCGGUGUCCAGCGGCCGAGGGUGCCUGUCCCCGAACCCUCCACGCCGGCCUGCUGAUGUGCCUGGCCCCCGCCUGCCAUGCCGCCCGCCAUCUCGGCCUUCCAGGCCGCCUACAUUGGCAUCGAGGUGCUCAUCGCCCUGGUCUCUGUGCCCGGGAACGUGCUGGUGAUCUGGGCAGUGAAGGUGAACCAGGCGCUGCGGGAUGCCACCUUCUGCUUCAUCGUGUCGCUGGCGGUGGCUGACGUGGCGGUGGGCGCCCUGGUCAUCCCGCUGGCCAUCCUCAUCAACAUCGGGCCGCGGACCUACUUCCACACCUGCCUCAUGGUCGCCUGCCCUGUCCUCAUCCUCACCCAGAGCUCCAUCCUGGCCCUGCUGGCCAUUGCUGUGGACCGCUACCUCCGCGUCAAGAUCCCACUCCGGUACAAGACGGUGGUGACUCCGCGGAGGGCGGCGGUGGCCAUCGCCGGCUGCUGGAUCCUGUCCUUUGUGGUGGGCCUGACCCCACUGUUCGGCUGGAACAGGCUGGGGGAGGCGCAGCGGACCUGGGCGGCCAACGGCAGCGGCGGCGAGCCCGUGAUCCAGUGCGAGUUCGAGAAGGUCAUCAGCAUGGAGUACAUGGUCUACUUCAACUUCUUCGUGUGGGUGCUGCCCCCGCUGCUGCUCAUGGUCCUCAUCUACCUGGAGGUCUUCUAUCUGAUCCGGAGGCAGCUCGGCAAGAAGGUGUCGGCCUCCUCUGGCGACCCGCAGAAGUACUACGGGAAGGAGCUGAAGAUCGCCAAGUCGCUGGCCCUCAUCCUCUUCCUCUUCGCCCUCAGCUGGCUGCCCUUGCACAUCCUCAACUGCAUCACCCUCUUCUGCCCCUCCUGCCGGAAGCCCAGCAUCCUCAUGUACAUCGCCAUCUUCCUCACGCACGGCAACUCGGCCAUGAACCCCGUCGUCUACGCCUUCCGCAUCCAGAAGUUCCGGGUCACCUUCCUUAAGAUCUGGAAUGACCACUUCCGCUGCCAGCCCACGCCCCCCGUCGACGAGGACCCCCCAGAGGAGGCGCCCCACGACUAGACGCCACCUUCUCCCGCCUGCCCACGUCGGGGGCGUCUCCGCCCCGGCCCACCCCCCCACUGACCCACUCCUGAGCCCUCCCCGCUGGGCUGCGGGGUGUGGGCGCCUGCACCUUGGGUCCUAGAGGAGGUUUGAGAGGACGGCCCACGGGGAAGGAACCGGGUGCCCUGAGGAGACGGAGAAAGUGGCUCGAGCCUCCCCAGCUGUGUGACCGGCCCACGGGCAGCCCGGUGCUUCAGGCCGGACGGACCUGGGGACACUGGGGCUGCGGGGGUCCCGUGGGCCCGGAAGGCAAGCUUGGGCUCCCGUGGAGGUCAGGGAGCCCGCUUGUCGCUGGUGCUGCUGCUGAAGCCCUGGAACAGAGCCUGAGGACGGGGUAGGUCCCCUCCAAGAUGCAGGGGACGGAGAGAAGCUGGACAUCAAGGUCUUGCUUCCCCUCCUGUUCUGUAGAAGGUGGGAGAGUCCCUGGUCAGGAAUCAGGGGGCCUCAGCCCUGCCUCCCGGGACCCUGAGCUCCUAGCCACGCUGGGUGCCGGGGGCCUGCCCCUCUUGCCCCGGGGCAAUCGGGUUUGCACUUGGGAGGGGCGGGAAGAGCGGGUCCAGAAAUCAUUCCCAACAUUUACUUGAUCCUCCACCAGCCCCUGGCCCCUGUCGAAGGGACGGCCACACACAGCCACCAGGUGGCAGCCCCGCGCCAGCCUGGCCCAGCCCCCCCAGGAGCGGGAGCAGCGGGGCUGUGAGGGGCCACCUGGGCUACCGCCCCACUAGCCUUAGACGACGCCUGCACUCUCCUAAGUGACACCGGCUGCUGCUUCGGGGCCGGGGACAGGGGGGCGCAGCCUCCGGCCUGGUGAGCGCUGCCCGUGGGCGCUCCCGGUGUGACUUGGGACAGGCUGCACCGCCUGAGGCUGAGGCAGGAAGGUCUUGCCGGCAUUUAAAUACCCUCAGGACCCGUGGCACUUAGCAGUUUCCAGGGCCUUUGGGGCUCUGCACCGUCUAGAUGGGCUUUAGGGCAUCCAGGGAAGGGUCCGCCCUCUGCCAAGCUCAGGGCCCGGGGCCCUUGUCCAGGGGUGAGGGCGGGGUUCGGAGUGUGAAGAGCAGCUCCAGGCCUGGAUUCCAGGCCCUUCCCUUUCUCAGAGGUAGGCUCUUCCCUGGCUCCCAGGGGGGACACCUUCUAAUAAAAGACUGUGGGUCUUGACGGAGCGCUCACCCUUGGCUCCUCACCUGCACCGCCGCCGGCCGAGGGGAGCAAUGCGGGGGUCGGGGCGGGGGGAAUCGGGACGCAUCGGAACAAAGAGGGUUCCAGAGCAGUGUGUCUGUUCCUAUAGUUACGCUCUUGGCCGAGCAUCCUGAACGUGAAGGCACGAUCCUAAAAAAUCUCACGUCUGGAGAAGCCCUGUGGCAUCCGGAGUCCCUCCCACCGGCACGU